AUGAGUGAAAUAGAAGACGAGAGUGAGAAAAUGGCGAAGCACGAAAGGGAAGUAAAAAUUAUGGAAUUAAAAAAGGUUAAAUCUCGAAGCAAGGCAGCCUUCACUCGAGCUAGAAAUAAGCUGAAAGAUGAAAUCAGUGAGGAGGCUGAAAAAUUGUUAUUGAAAGAGCUGAUAGACAAACUUGAGGUUGCAAUGGAUAAUGCCAUCAGGUCGAUAGAAGAACUAAGUGACGAGUAUAAAAUACAAGGAAAAACCAAAGAAAUGAUGGACACAAUAAAAGAGAUCGAACAUAUUGAGAAAGAAUAUGAUAGUGUAAUUCAAGAGUAUCACGAGUUUAUAAGUGAAACAAAUAGUAAUAAAUCUUCCAGCGGUGAAAUGCCAGAAGAUAGUGAAUCAACAAAAAAGCAACUUGAUAUUGAUUUAUCACGUCAAAUGAAAAGGGUUUCUAUCCCAGUAUUCACAGGUAUAAAGAGAGAUUAUGCAUUUUGGAAAGCGACUUUUACUGCCUGUAUCGAUAGCACAGAGGCAACCGAGGAAUACAAGUUUCUGCAAAUGCGUCAAUACCUAAAAGGUGAAGCACUGAAAGCCAUUGAAGGUCUUGGACACUCCGCAUUAGCAUACGAAAAGGCUAAAGAGAGACUUGAGAGAAAAUUUGGCGGUGAACGGAGAUUAGUGAAUAAAUUUAUAGAAGGAAUUGAUAAAUUCCCUGUAAUCAGAUAUGAAAAUGCAAAGUCAAUUGAAAGAUAUGCAGAUUUGUUGGACAUUGCAUUAAUAAAUUUGAAAGAAAACGAUGUGCAAGAUCUACACAGUGGUUUUAUGUACCAGCAGUUGUUGAAAAAACUCCCUGAAAGUAUGAUUUCACGAUACCAAGGAUGGCUUUAUGAAAAAGAUAAGAAGGAGUCUGUGGAAGCAUUAAAUGAGUGGGUGUUAAAGGAAUCAGAAUUUCACAACAUUGCCAUGGAAACUAAAUGUGGAUUGGAUGAAAGCUAUCAAAAGUCAAAAGAACAAAGAUCCUUCUUCGUUAACAGUAAACAAAGAGAUUGUAAGCUUUGUUUUAAACCUCAUGGAACGUGGGAAUGCAGUAUAAUGAAUAGACUUCCAGUAACUGAGAGAUGGCAAAAGGCAAAAGAAUUAAGACUGUGUUUUCGCUGUUUAGGAAACAAUCACACAGGCAGUAAUUGCAGACGAAUGAAGAAAUGUGGUAUUAAUGGAUGUCAAAAGACACAUCACAGACUGCUGCACCAAUCAGAAUUGAACCCGCAAGCGUCAUUAUUCUCACCAGCAGAAAUCCAAGAGAAUACAGAACAAAAUCAGAAUGUUACACAGAGUCAGACAUUUACAAGUACGCAAAAUGGAUAUAUAGCUCUUCGAACUGUUCCUGUAAUUCUAAAGGCAAAUGGCCGGGAAAUAGAAAUCAAUGCUCUACUUGAUGAUGGGAGCACUAAGACAUAUUUGAAUGAAGAUGUUGCUGCAGAACUCGGUCUAAAGGCUGUGCAUCAAACAGUUGUGGCAAUUAUAUUGAAUGGAAAAUCUGUGAAUUUUGAAACAAUGUGUGUAAAGUACAAACUGUGCAGUAUAGAUAGACAAACUGAAAUUGAAAUGGAAGCAUAUACAACACAAAACGUAACUGGGAAUUUGAAACCGACAAACUGGUUUAAGUAUGCGAAGCGGUGGGAACAUCUGAAAGGAAUACAGUUUCCGUCGAUUGAACGAAAGCCAAAAGUUGAUUUGUUAAUAGGACUAGAUUAUUUGGCAUUGCAUACAUGUUUGCGUGAAGUUAACGGCCCAGAAGGAUCACCAUCAGCAAGAUUGACUCCACUCGGGUGGACCUGUGUGGGACCCAUACUUGAAAAAGAAAAUGAAGUUAGUAUGUUCACCUUUCACAUCAAUAGUGAACCGUUUGAUUGUGAAAUAAAUGAAACAUUGAGAAAAGUUUGGGAGUUGGAAAAUGUUGAAACUGAACAAGUCAUGUAUAUCAGUAGGGAAAAUGAGAAAGUUAUGAAUUUGAUGAAGAAUGAAUUGCAGUAUGAUCAAAAGCUUCAUAGAUAUGAAGUCCCGGUGCCGUGGAAAGAAAACAAAAGUGAAUUGUCAAAUAAUUACAACAUGGCAUAUGAUAGACUUAAAAGUACUGAGAGAAAACUGAAUUCAAAUAUGGAACUGAAAGAUUGCUAUAGAAACACUAUUGAAAAAUAUGAAGAAAAAGGCUACAUUUCCAAAUUGACAAAUUGUGAAGCUGAGAAGACUAAGUGGUAUUUGCCGCAUUUUCCGGUCGUACGUCCAAACAAGGACACUACUAAAGUGCGCAUUGUCUUUUAUGCCUCUGCCAAAUACAAUUCGCUUUCACUAAAUGAUGUAAUCUAUCAAGGCCCAAAACUGCAGAAUGAUCUAUAUGAAGUUUUACUCAGAUUUCGACGAAAUCCUGUGGCCUUGAUCUGUGACAUUCAAGAAAUGUAUUUACAAGUUGGUUUGUUUCCGCCAGAUAGAGCAUAUCAUCGAUUCCUCUGGAGAGCGUCAUCAGAUCAUCCGGUAGAGACAUAUGAAUUCAGUAGACUUGUUUUUGGCGUAAAUGUGUCUCCAUUUUUGGCGCAGUAUGUAUCUCAGUUCAAUGCCUUGCAGUAUGCAGAAGAAUAUCCUCUCGCUGCUGAAACUGUCAUGAAAUGUACCUACAUGGAUGAUAGUAUGACAUCUGUUCAAAAUGAAGUGCAAGGGAUCAAAUUGUAUCAGGAACUAAAUGAACUAUGGGAAAAGGCGGGCAUGAAUGCAGGAAAAUGGCUUUCAAAUUCUACAGCAGUAUUAGAACACAUCCCACUCGAAAAGAGAGCAUCACAAGUCAACAUGUCAGAAAGCCAGUUACCAACGGUAAAAACGUUAGGCUUGAGUUGGAAAUCAAACACCGAUGAAUUCAUCUAUACCCAUUCUGAAAUCAAACUUAACAUGAAAAUUACCAAACGAAAUGUGUUAAGAACAAUCGCGUUACUUUAUGAUCCAAUGGGUUUUUUAGCGCCAUUUAUAAUAAGAGCUAAAAUGAUUAUGCAGAAGAUUUGGCUUACAGGACUUGACUGGGACGAUAAACUGGCUGAAAGUUUAGCUUGUGAGAUUAGACUGUGGUACAUUGAACUCAGUGACUUAAAUAAAAUAAAGGUGCAAAGGUGUAUUCAGAUAGAACAGGAAGGCGAGUUACAUGUAUUUGUUGAUGCUUCAAGUGAUGCUUAUGGAACAGUUGUAUAUAGUGCAAAACCGCAAUUAAGUUUGCCAAACAUUGUUGCAGCAAAGGGAAAAGUCGCACCUUUAAAAUCACAAAACAUUCCAAGAAUGGAAUUAUUAGCUGCAGUGUUAGGGUUGACCUUGACUUUGAUAAUCUGCUCAACAUUGAAAAUAGACAUUAGUCAUUGCACGUUUUGGUCUGACAGUAUGAAUGUCCUUUAUUGGAUUCAUAGCCAAAGUAGGAAAUAUAAGACUUUCGUUGCAAAUCGAAUAGGAUUUAUUCAUGAAGAUACCUCACCUAGUCAAUGGAGAUACGUUCCGACGAAAGAGAAUCCGGCGGAUAUGACGUCACGAGGCAUACCUGUAAAUGAUCUUGCAGAAAGUGUUCAGUGGUGGCAUGGACCAAAAUUUCUUGAAUACGGCCGAGAAUUUUGGCCUGAAAACAAGUUUCAGUUGCAUGAAGCAGGUAAAAUAGAAAUGAAACGGAAUUCCAUGAACAGCAGCUUUAUCAUUGUAAAUACUAAUAGUGACUUCAGACUUGAUCCGGCGCAAUACUGGAAUCACUUACUACGUAUAUCGGCUUGGGUACAUCGUUUCAUAGAUAACUGUCAAGUCGCUAAACACGAACGAAGAUUAUCUCCUGAGGUAAGUAUUCAUGAACUUCAACAAGCAGAAUUUCAGAUUAUUCGAACAGCACAAGCAGAAUGUUUUAGUGUUGAAUAUCCAUGCCUUUUGAAAGGAAAAAAUGUAUCUGUAACUAGUAAACUUGCAGCAUUGAAUCCGAAACUGGAUUCUGAAGGCGUCAUGAGAAGUGACAGUAGACUAAAAUUUGCAAAAUACAUCCCAUAUGAAGUCAGAUUCCCAAUUAUUCUUCCAAGAAAGCAUUCGGUGACAAAGUUAAUUAUAAAAAAUUGUCAUGAGAAAGUGAACCAUGGGGGAACAAACUUGGCAUUGGCUGAAAUUUCGAGUAGAUAUUGGAUCAUAGCAGCCAGAGAAGAGAUACGCGAAUGGGAAAAAAGGUGUGAUAAAUGUAGACGUCAAAAAGUGCAAACUUCAAAACAGAUAAUGGGUCCAUUACCUGUUGAGCGAUUUGGACAGUCGAUGCGAGCGUUUACCAACACGGCAGUGGACUAUGGGGGGCCAUUUAUUACAAAGCAAGGGCGUUGUAAAACAAGACUAAAGCGUUAUCUUUGUGCAUUCACUUGCUUGACAGUAAGAGCUGUUCAUCUAGAGAUAGCGUACAGUUUAGACACUAAUUCCUUUCUGAAUGCCUUAAACAGAUUUGUUAGUCGUAGAGGCACACCCAAUCUCAUUCUGUCAGAUAACGGGACAAAUUUUGUUGGUUGUGUGAAUAAACUUAAGGAUCAUUACCAGAAACUUGACCAAAGUGCAAUAGUUAAAGAUGCUUCAAACCGGAAAAUUGAAUGGAAGUUUAUUCCGCCAAAUGCCCCACACUUUGGUGGAUGUCAUGAAUCCAUGGUGAAAUCUGCAAAGAAAGCUUUAUAUGCUAUAUUAGGCAACGCGGACACCACAGAUGAAGAAUUGCAUACUGCAGUAGUUGGAGCAGAGAAUUUGAUCAACAGUCGACCCUUGACUAUCAGUCAUCAAAUCCCAGUGAUGAUAUAG